CAAAAACAUAUGCUUACAGAGCAGUUCUUAUAAUCAUUUGCACUGUUCAUCAAUUAAGGCAUUUGUUUUUCGAAACUUUUAAAAAAAAUACUUGUAAAUUACAAAGUUUCUAUACAGUUAGCAGUGAAGAAUGAGUGGGAAAUUGUUUAAUAAAAUCUUAUUAACCAUUGGGUUUUUAAGUUUAGCACACGCUGCAUAUUCAGCUGCGCAUUAUCGCACUUUUUUACGUUUAACAGAGCAAGAAUUUACCAAGCUGCCAUUGGAUAUAGUCGUACAAAUUGUCGUAAGCCUAAUAAUGAUUAUAUAUUAUGUGGUACAAGUGGUAGGAAACUUCAAAGAAAUACGUGCUACCGUCGAUAUGCAAGCUAAAUCUUGGGACACAUUAGGCAACUUUCCUUCAUUCUAUCAUUUCAAUCACAGAGGAAAAGCGUUAUCACCUAGCUAUGUGCCCGAGAAUGGAAGUGACGAGGAAAUGACUUCUUAUGAAUUGUAGUAAUAAAUAAAUGAUAAUAUUAAGAAAUAACACAAAAGCUAACUAAAAACUAAUAGAAAAAUAUUCAAAGUGAACCGUUACGACGAUCGAGAAUAAGCGAGUGUGAUCUUGAACGCAAAGUAAGAAAUUUUUUUACACAUUGUAAUUUUUUUCGUCCCCUAAUAAACCAUUCAUCAGGUUCAGUGUAGGUGGAAGAUAAAUAAUUAUAAAAAUCGGCAAAAAAAUAAAUAAAAUAAAAAUAACUCCGUGAAUAUAAUCAACAAAAAAAAAAAAUAAGUGGUUAAUGUGGAGCGAAACACCUAGAAAGAAAUGCAGCCAAGGAGUAAAAGGGCAUCCAACAACUCAAAUGUGCCGAGCGGAAGUACAGAAACUUCAAGGAAUAAUAGCGAAUAGUUAUUUUUGUCUUAAGUCCGAUGUCCCUCCAUACAAUUCUCACAUGACAACAUCUAUUUCUUUUCCUCUCUAAAUUCGAAUUUAAAACACAUAAAAGGAAAAUUUUUAUAAUAAAACUGACAUACUACUAAACGAAAAAAAUUAAGUGUCACCAAAUUCCAAGGUAAAACAAAAAAAAUUGCAAAUUCUAAAUGGUAAAGCAAAA